AUGUUUUCCAUCUACGGUGUCCUUUUGCUUCUGCGAUUUUUUGUUUUCCUUGUAUCUAAGGAGAUACCUGCCAGAAAUGGUUCUACUUUUAAUGCUGAUGAAACGAACAUUCUGGACUACAUGCAAGAAAAUCCUCAAGCCUGCAAUGAUGGAUAUACUGGUCCCAAAUGUACACUUCGAUGUCGCUAUCCGAGCUACGGGAGGACAUGUCAACAAUUUUGUAAUUGUGCAGAAAGCUUAUGCAAUAGUACAACUGGAUGUGAAGGUGGAUCGCCGACGUUUUCAGUGGUAUUUACAAAAAGUUUUAAGACCGACGCUGGCGUUCAAAUACCCACAGAUGCAACAGCCUGCCGAACUGGAUACACGGGAUUGAAUUGUGAUAAAAAGUGUAUAUAUCCCGGGUUUGGAGCUGGUUGCCAAUCGGAGUGCAAUUGCAAUGUAAACCAAUGUGACCAUGUCAAAGGAUGCAUUAGCAUGCAUGGAUUCAGUAGAAACAACAGUACGCCUGAUAUUGGAUGUCUAUAUCCUCGCUAUGGAAAAGAUUGUCAAAUGACGUGUAGAUGUGAAGAGAUGUUCUGCAAUACAAGAAAUGGUUGUAUAGUACGUUUUUAUCAUUUUUCACUGACAGAUAAUUGUACAUCAGAUAAACACCACAAAAGAAAGCAAGCAAUGAUGUUUACCACAGUCAUUCUAGGAGUAUUGGCAAUGUUGCAGUUCUCUGUCUAUUUUUUAUUGACAUGGACUUAAAAACGACUGUACAAUCAUUUAAAAGCCUUCAUUACUAAAAUAAAUUACAAUUUGAAGGAAGAAUGACACAAAACUUCAAGGAACGCAAUAUG